AUGGGAACUAGUGGUGACAAAAAUAGAAAAGAAGAUGGAAUCAUGGAAAGGGGAAAUCCUGGAGUAGCAGGCAUAGGUUAUAUUGUCAAUGCAUGGAUUGGGGUUAUUUAUGCAAGUAUGGAAAAACCAAUCGAAGAGGCUACUAACAACAUGGUUGAGUUAAAGGUUGUUAUCGAAGGGUUAUUACUCUAUAAAGAAAUGGGGAUCAAGAAAUUGGCUAUAGAAGGGGACUUCAUGAUAGUCAUUAAUGCCUUGAGAACUAGCCAAUCUCAGAAUUGGAAGCUCAAUUCCAAACUAGGGAGAGCUCUGGACUUGUCGAAUCCUUUUGAGGAAGUUAUGAUUAAUCAUAUUUACAAGGAAGGAAAUUUAGAAGCUGAUAAUUUAGUCAAUCUUGGUGCGGAUGGAAACUGCAUUAAGGAUAUAGGGGGCUAG